AUGGCGUCAGACCGAAUCAUGCAACGCACUCUGAACCAGGCGUCGCAGCACACACUGGAGCCUACACGUAUCGUUGCAUCUCAGAAUGGUUUUUACAAGGUCGUGUUCAAAGUACUGGAUAAUCCCAUGGGACCGUCGAACGUCCUAGAAUGGGUACCCAAGCAGGCUGUAUCUGACCACUUGGUUUCCACGUGGCGCGCUCAGCGGGCGGAGCGCAUGGCAUUUCGUCAACACAGAAAGUCUCAGACAUCUGUAGUGCGUGAUGCUCGAGCAGAUGAUGUUGAAUUUGAGCCCAUGGAGGCUUCGCACGCAGCAUCAAGCCACGUUGUUUCCCCUCUUUCGUCUUCUGCAUCACAACAUCCCCAGGCACCCACACUGGCAGCUACUUCUUCCAUGCCAGAUUCUCACGAAACACCUACAGAGCCAUUUAACGUCGGAGCGAGCACCUCUUCCCAUGUGUCACACGAUAUGUCAGUGCCGCAUAGUUCAGGCGCUGCUGUGACGGAUGCUGUGCGACAACACGGAAAAGACAUGGGCGCAUCGCACCAUCCUUCUACUUCUGAGCCCCUUAGUGUCGAUGGAAAUGCGGCUGCAUCCAUGCACCUGCAUGCCAUCUGUGAUCACCCGGCAGAGCCUGUGAACCACAACGCACCAACUCUUGAAAUCACUGAGACAUCGCGUCACGUACUAGAAGAUGCACAGUUUGAGCCCAUGCCACCAACUCCUCCGGAGCAGAGAACGCGUCAAGAAAUUAUUGAUUCGAGCGCUAACCAAUCCGACCAUACCUCUGAAUCGCUUCUGGCCCAGAAGCCCGGCUUGCCGUUGACACAGUCGCGCUCGGGACGUCGUAUCCAACCUCCGCCAACGGAAACUUUAUCAAAGGAUGAGCAGAUUGCCGCCUUGCAAAAGAAGCUGGAAAUGCAACUUGAAGAGAUUACACUGUUGCGUGGAUUAUAUGAGGAAGCAUCGCAGAGCGCAAGUAGGGAUGCAGCUGCUCUGAAGGAAGCCAAUACCACCUUGGAAGCGUUAAAAGUGCAGCUGAAAGAUGGAAUCGAAACACAGCGUCAACUGUGCAGCGUGGAAAUCGCCCAUCGCAUUUCCGAAUCCGAAAAGGCGCAAAAACAGCUUGCCAUGGUACAAUGGCAGCUGAAUGAAGGUCAAGUUGAGUUGCGUCGCAAAGCUGAUCUAUGGGAAAAGCAUGUGAAACAACUUGAAAUCGAAGAAAAGGAACGUCUCAAGCGAGAACAAGCUGCCGAGUUGCAAAAUGACAUGAUGCAAGAGCUGGCCGAGCUGGCUGUAGAGGCGCAAGAAUUUACCCCGCCCACGCCCUUGCCAGACAAUAGUGCGCACGAUAAAUCUUACGUGGCUGAUGCAAUAUCUACGACGUCAACGCAAAAUCAGAUGGAAGCAGGGCAAGACGUGAUCCAGCAGCGGCCGGCAGAAGCACCCGUUCAUGCUAACCAUGAGACCAGCACUGCUACGCGCCCCGCCGUUCGGCAGCGAAAAACCCCUGUUUCAGCAGCAGGUGAAAGUCUCGCGCCAUUCUCGCAACCGGGACAGGAAAUUACAUCCCCAUCGCCAGCAUCCAUCCCUCAAACGCGUGCUGAAGCAGACACUCAUUUACAGCCUAGCCCAGCGACUCCGCCGCGUGACGUGUCACAAGAAAGCCUGGAGCUUUCUAUUAGCGUACUGGCAGAUUCAGAAGCGGAUACCCCUGUGGGAAACCCCAACAUGGCUCAUACUACGCCCUCCCAUUCUCACUCUAUGAACACGCCAGUGCCAGAAUCGACAAAUGCGCCUUUACAAGAAUCAUCUCCUACUCAUUCACCCCCCUCUCAUUCUGAAGCUCCUAAGCCACGCUGGAAGCGGCGUAGGUACAGCCGCAUGUCCUCCGUCUCGUUAUAG